AUGCAGCGAAGUUCCACGCACGGGCAUCCCGAGAAGUAUUUGGACUUUCCAGAUGCUAACAAACAUAUUGGUAGAUUUUCACGAUCUACGCUCCACCAGCGCGACCCUCGCGGUUCUGCGUCCCUGUUUGAUUCAUACGGCGGCGAUUCUCGACCGGCCAGUCGGUCACCGGCUAAUGUUGGCGGAUACGGGUAUGGGGGCUACUCGCGCUCUGGAAGUGAUGGACAUAUGAAUGGGAGUCCCGCGGGUGGAUUCAGAAAGGCUACUCCGGAUAACAAGGGACAUUAUUCCGACGCUGUCCUUGACCACCUUGAAUCACAGAAUGACAGCCAAGUCGAGGGCAUCAGCGCGAAAGUAAAGAUGCUGAAGGAUCUUACGCUCGCCAUUGGAGACGAGAUCCGCGACACAUCUACCAUUACAGAGCUGAAUGAUGCAUUCGAUAACACUCGCGUUCGCCUACGAGGAAACAUGACCCGCAUGCUGCGAAUGGCUGAGCGUACUGGUGUCGGCUGGCGUGUGUGGCUGGGAUUCUUCCUGGUUGUCUUCUUGAUCUUUGCGUACGUGUGGUUGACUUAG